GUCACCACGUCACGUCACCCUCAGCAGUCGAGCUUCAUGCUGAGUAGAGUUAUCACGUCUAUCCAGUAACAUCCUUCACCUGGGAUGACCUGUACUCUACCUGUUAAUCCAUUACCCAAUAAGUUAUAUAAAGGGCAGGUAAAGGUAGUCCCAGUUAUUCUAGGACAGCCUGUGAAGCUCAGCCUAGACUACGUGGGCGAUGGAGAACGAGAAUGGAGAAUCGUGGAGGCGGGUAUUGAGGCUACCCGUGGUUGUGGCUAUGUUAUCGCCUCUGUUGCUCCUCGCAGACUUGGCCCUCAUUGCUGUGUUCAUCCUACAGCAGAACUGGCACGCUGUGAUACUCCUCUCCGUGGUGUUGUUCUGUGGUGCCCAGGCCAUCUACUGGUACUUCAGAACGAAGAGUAUUCUCACCACACGUCAGCAGCUUCUGGCCGGUGUAGGAAGAGGCGGGGAUGGAGGAGAGGAGACACCCGACGAUCCACCCACCUACGACGAGGUCCUCAAGACAGAAGCGCCUCCACCACCCUAUUACAUGGCUGUGAACGAGACUGCCAAGCCCUCCUCGUCCCACUCUCCCGUCAAGCCCAAGAGAGAGCCAUCAUCGUCCCCGCCGCCGCCACCCUACAAAGAAAUCGGUGUGGAUGCCGUCAACACCAUCACCCAAGACCAGCGCCACCCCUUCGCCUUCACCAGUCCCUUCAUCAACCAGAUCACCAACGACGAAGGCAACACCGGGGCCGAAGUUGGGAUAGCUACCGUCGCCCCAGAUCCUGUAGGGACUAUGAGGACCCCAAUAGUGAGAGAAAUUAGCCCAGUGCAUCUCCGACCAGAGGCUAGGAUCCCAGCUUGCCAUGGGGGAUAUCUCAGACGAACAGCGUCCCUUGCUAGACACAGACUCACUGUUACCAUGUACUCACUGAAUCAGGAUAUAACUGUACCUGCCUAUUCAUACUAACUACUAUUAUUAGU